UUGGUUGGGUUUGUGUUCCGGGGUCUGUCUCGCCAAGUUUGGAAGACCAAGGUUGUGCCCUUCAACUGAUCGCUCGCCACUCGCUCACACUUCCUUCCUUCCGCACCGUCUUGGCACACCUCACUCGGCUUCUGUAAUUAUUGCGCAUUCGAGGGACCGAUCUAUUGGUAGUCGAUCGGUUGCAAAUGAGUAGAGCAAGGGUCUCCCGUUUUGAGAGGUGGUGUUCUGGUUUUGCUGUGCUCUCUUUCUUCACUCCGUUUGGCUGUCGACGCAUUGGUUGAAGACGAGAGAGAGAGGCAGAGAGUAUAGUAACCUGUCGUGGAAGCUGGAAGAGAACUGUGCCAUUUGCGCGGUUGUGACUUUCUUCGGUGGAACCACGUUAGUGUAGCAAGGGUGUACCGAUUUGGCUCGUUGGAUGAUGUCGGAUUAAGAGGCUCUUGUGCGGUGACAGGAGCGGAUUUGCAAGUGAUAUAUGUAGCACAUUGUUAGCGAAUUGGUUGAAUUUCACAGGUUGCGAGAGUCUUGUUCGUCUUUUCUCCGAUAGUGUAGGAGAGAUUUUGACGUUCUAGAUAUCGAGAGGCAGAUGGCAGGGGUUGGAAACAAUCCGGUGGUAGCCAUUAAGUUGUCCGGGUCUACGCAGACGGAAUCAUGGUCGGAGGGCAAGCUCUUAGGUGGAGACGUUGUGCUUCAGGUCAGCAGUGACAGUGGAGUUAUGAUCGUAGCUCCGUUUCCCGGCGGAAAGUCGGGUCUUUUACGUGAAUUGAAGAGACUACACAAUACAUCGGGAGGAGUAAGGGUCAAGGUCAAAAGAGGUUCAUCAAUUCUUGAGGUUCCAGCCAGGGUUGCCGUGGACGAGAGUUCUCUGCUGAAGAAAACCUAUGUAUUAACCUGCGCCAAUGACAUUGGUUACGUAGCAACAUUGGUGGAUGCUAUGGAACAAGAUUGCUUGAUUCUGCAAGAUAAAAGUCGACAGAUAAUGGAAGCAUCCAGGAUGGUGAAGGAUUUUUCUAAGAAGGAUGAUCUUCUGCCGAAGUUGAGCAGUGUGAAAUUGAAGGACAGUUACGUUGCUUACCCAUGGGAACAGAAGAUGAUGACUUUCUUACCUGUUUCUGGCUCUGCAAUGGUUUUUUCCCUUCUCCUCAUGCCACCAGCACUAUCACCGAAGGCUCGCGAUGUCGCUGGAAUUGAGCACACAACGGCCCGAUCUAUUGCUUGGCUGUUGGCUGCUCAGGCCUCUGGAGUGCCAAUUACUUUCGUCAAUAUUCAGUCAGAACCUCUAUUUAUGCAAUUUGCAGAUUAUCAAGUGCCUGGCUACCGGCAGGAUCCAGCGAUUAUCGGGAAUACUGGAUGCUAUAGAAUACAGGAUAGAGAAGCCAUGGAUGUGGACGUUUUGAGAGCAGUACGAUUAUGGUAUUCGCCGGCAGCUGCAGAGCUUGCCAUCGAUCUGAAACCUGAAGAGAACGAAUCUCGCUUGGGAGUUGGCAUCAGCUGCACAGAGGAGGGAUUUUGUUAUGUCUCUUCUGUGGAUCCAAGCACAGUGGCUGAACGGGCAGGGCUCCAGACUGUGUACCAAGCUGCGUGUGCGGCAGGAAAACUGCUUGUUAUUUCUCGUCUGGGAUUAGAAAAGCUCACUCCCUGGCUAGUCUCGUCUUCCGGAUCGAUACGUUGUUAUGACACCGUCUCAUUGUCUAACAAACUCAGUCUAUACCGACAGGCUGGCCAGUCCAUUCGUCUCCAUGUUAUGGUAUGGGAGGGUGCUCUUACAUCCAACUUGGACAACCCAGUAGAGGAUGCGACGAACCGCCAGAGAAGGAUUUCCCCAGGUAUAUAUGCCGGUGGAAGUGCCUAUAGAAGUUCCGGGGAUCAUAUACCGUAUUAUUCUAAGCCACAAGAGAAGUACUACAUGUCGAAGGAUUCCCAAAGUUUACAUGAGUUACAAGAUUUUGAUGUAAUCAACGACGGUCAUGCAGGGCCAUCAUUGGCUAUGAGCGAUUUACAAAUGCCAUACAAGUAUGUCAACUGAUUGUUAUUGGACGCCAUCACGCUAGAUCAAUCUCGGGGGUUUUUUUUUUUUUUUUUUUUUUUUUUUAUCUCCCCGGUGAAAACUCUCGAACGGCGCAGUGUACAUUAUGAAGCUUUCUAGUAUGUACAUAAUGUACACUACGCCAAUUAUGAAAAAGAACUGGCAUGAGAGGGAGGUAAUUGGACGCUACUGGUUUUCAAAUGUGAACUGAGCCUUCAAAUCUUUUCAAAGCUUUCCAAUAUGGCCGUUUUUCUCA